GUCAACACGUUGAUAACUCGGCAACAAAGUAAUGGAUCUCAAUGAUUAUGGCAACCAAUUUGCCUGUAAUACUCUAACCAUCGCUCCAGCAAAACAAAUUAGUUGGGUGGGAAUGGUUGAUUGGAUAUUUCUAAUUAUGAAUUCUAGAUAGCUCGACGCUCAUAGAUACGAGCAGUAGUUGAAGUGUUAAUAUAUCGUAUAUAGGUUUCAGGCUCUGUUAUUAGCUGAAAAUUAACAUCGGUCUUCAUUGUCGUUGUAGAGACAGCAUCCAACAAGAAGGAUUUGAUAUCGGCUGUGACCAUGGACACCAUGAAAGAAUGGAUCGCUAUGAAAUGUAACAAGACGAACAAAUCGCCCACAAAUCAACAAAAACUCUCUCCGGUGAGGACUCAAUUCGCUCAAGUUGUGACACCUGAAAAUAUCCCCGACUUUAUCAUACCACCAAAGGUUAACUAUUUAGCAACAACUCCGGAAGAGGUAGAUCACCCCCAACAAUUCUCAUUUAAUGGUAUAGAAGACACACAGCAACCAUUCAAUGAUUUUGAAAAGACUUCGUACUCUAACAAUCUACAACUCCCAUCGCGGAUGAAUUUGCCAACUACAAUACGGAAGUAUAGAUCAGCCCCGCCAUCUCCGUGUAAGACAAGCGAGGCUUAUAUGAUUAGCGAGAAAGGAACACUAUCCGAUGGCCAUCUUGAAAAUCUUGAUAUUUUUAGUGAAGACUCUUUUUCAAUUUCCGCAUUAACUAUUCCAUAUUUACGUACGAAGACAUCAUAUGGGUUCUCUACGUUAUCAGAAAGCCCACACACUCGUAGAAAGGAAUCACUGUUUCACAAUGGCACUGUUUCGCGUCCAAUGAAAUCCCUGAAAAAUGACAGGCGUGAGUUCACAUCAUGUGACACUGUCGGUGGUGUUUCUGUCGGGAAGCUUUCUUUACCCAUAGGGCAUCCCUUAGUGAGAGCCGCCUCUUGUAAUUGCAGACCAAGUUCGUUGCUUGCUCCAAAGGCUCCCAGGAACAUAGGUUCGGAUGGUAAUGGCAGUGAUAGUAGUUUAGGAAGCACUCCAAGUAGACUCUCGAUGUCACCGGUAAGUUCCACACAUAGUACACCAGAAAUUCCUCGGAAGCAAAAGGUUAAUAAGAUUGCUUCAAGAACCGAGCGAUAUUACUACAGAAGAAGAUCAUCAUUGAAAAAUCUAGAAAGCGGUAAACCCGCAGAAAAAUGCCAGUGUGGAUGCGGCGGUGUUGUAUCCGACUGUAGCUCUGUGGAGCCCAGUCCUCUACAGGUCCGAAGGAAAAGCAAUGACGGUUUAUCAAAGCGAGAUACGAAUCAUAUUCAAAGUCAGCUGAACGCACAUGCCACGUCCACGUCCAUUCAGAAAAGUGCGUCUCAGAACUCAAAACUUGAAUCGGGACUCAACCGACUUACAAGCGUCGAGGAUCGUUCAAUCGCAGAUCGCGGGGAGUUGAAAUUUGCGGUGAAGUAUGAUCCUAAGAUUGAAAUACUGACUGUGAAUGUUCUCAAAGCCGAAAAUCUAUCGUUAAAAAAUAAGAGUGAGCAAGUUGUCAACUCAUGCGUAAAAUGCUACCUCCUCCCGGGGAAACAGCAGAAACAGGUAACACACGUCAUACAACAGACGAAUAAUCCUAUUUUCAACCAGCAGUUCAUAUUCACGGCCAUUGAUCGUGAGGAAAUCGCCAACAUGAAACUUUGCCUGCGAGUGCUCCAUAAGACCCCAGCGUUAAAACGCAGUGAAUUCAUCGGAGAAGUUGUGCUACCUUUGAAAUCCACACAAGACGAAGAAGAGGUCAGAUUAUGGAGGUAUCUGCAAGCACACAAUGAUACACAGGUAUUGCUAUACUGAACAAGGGGUUAAUUUCCCGAGGUAUUUAAUUUCCCGAUUUCCGAUUGAUAAUUCACAUAAUUCAAUUAAGAGCUCUGAUUAAUACCACUGUAGUAUCUGCU